AGCCACAGCCGGGCCGCAGCGCCGCGCUCAGCACCGCGGAGAGCUCCCGCGGCACCGCCGGGCCCUGGGGCUGCACCGCCGCGCACCGGCACACCGCGGCGGCACCGCCGGGCCCUGGGGCUGCAUCGACGGGCACCGGCACACCGCGGCGGCACCGCCGGGCCCCUGGGGCUGCACCGCCGCGCACCGGCACACCGCGGCGGCACCGCCGGGCCCUGGGGCUGCACCGCCGCGCACCGGCACACCGCGGCGGCACCGCCGGGCCCCUGGGGCUGCACCGCCGCGCACCGGCACACCGCGGCGGCACCGCCGGGCCCUGGGGCUGCAUCGACGGGCACCGGCACACCGCGGCGGCACCGCCGGGCCCCUGGGGCUGCAUCGCCGGGCACCGGUACAUCGGGGCUACAUCGCCGGGCACCGGCACAUCGAGAGCUGCCUCCCCAGGCACCGGUGUCGGCAUCGACGGGCACUGGGACACCGGGGGCUGCAUCGGCGGACGACCCGGGCCAGCCGCAGCCAGCGCCGGAGCCCCGCGGAGCGAGGGACGCGGCUGCACCGGCCCGGCUCCGCAGCGCGCCUCCGCCGCCGGGACUGGGCGCGGCCCGGGGGCAGGGGCGGCUGCAGCGGGCGCGGCCCCCCGACCAUGGGAUGGCGGCCGGCUGCGAGCUCGGCUUGUGCUCGCUGGCGGGCGGCGUGACGGGCGCGGCGGAGGGCGGCUGGGCCGGCGGCAACCGGAGCAACGAGUCGCUGGAGGCGGAGGCGGGCGCGGGGCUGCAGGGGGGCGGCUCGGCCGCCGUGCGCCUGGCCGUGUCGGCCGUGUACUCCGUGGUGUGCGCGCUGGGGCUGGUGGGCAACGCGCUGGUGCUGCACCUGAUGCGCGGCAAGCGGGGCUGGCGCAAGUCCUCCAUGAACCUCUUCGUCACCAGCCUGGCCGCCACCGACCUGCAGUUCGUGCUGACGCUGCCCUUCUGGGCCGUGGAGAACGCGCUGGACUUCACCUGGCUCUUCGGGCGCGUCAUGUGCAAGGUGGUGUCAUAUGUGACGGCCAUGAACAUGUACGCCAGCGUCUUCUUCCUCACCGCCAUGAGCGUGGCCCGCUACCGCACCGUGGCAUCGGUGCUCAAGAGCCAGCCCAGGGGCGGCUGUGGCUGCGGCUGCGGCGCCCGCGGGCUCUGUGCCCUCAUCUGGGCUCUGGCCGUGGUGGCCGCGCUGCCUCACGCCAUUUUCUCCACCACUGCCAACGUCUUCGGCGAGGAGCUCUGCCUGCUGCGCUUCCCCGACAGCCCCAGCGCGCGCGUGCAGCUCUGGCUGGGGCUCUACCAGGUGCAGAAGGUGCUGCUGGGCUUCGUGGUGCCUCUGGGCGUGAUCAGCCUGUGCUACGCGCGCCUGGUGCGCUUCCUCCGUGGCCGCCACGCAAGCCAGCGCCGCUCAGCCAAGGUGACGCGCUCGGUGAGCGUGGUGGUGCUCAGCUUCUUCGUGUGCUGGCUGCCCAACCAGGCGCUCACGGCCUGGGGUGUCCUGGUCAAGCUGAACGCCGUGCCCUUUGGGCCUGCCUACUUCCUGUCGCAGGCCUACCUCUUCCCCGUCAGCGUGUGCCUGGCGCACUGCAACAGCUGCCUCAACCCCGUGCUCUACUGCCUCAUGCGGCGCGAGUUUCGCCAGGCCCUCAAGAGCCUGCUGUGGCGCCUCGCCUCACCCUCGCUCACCUCCAUGCGCCCCUUCACCCUCAGCACCAAGCCCGAGCCUGACGAGCAGGCCCUGCCUGCCCUGGUGCCCCUGCCUGCUGCUGCUCCACUGCCUGCCACCACCCCAUCUGAGCUGCUCUACUACCCGCCUGGCGUGGUGGUCUACAGCGGCCGUUGCGACCUGCUGCCUGCUGGCCCCAGUGAGCAGCGCUGCUGAGCGCCCACCCCGAUGGCUGUGACUGUGGGGUGGGAUGUCUGGGCACAAAGGCAAGCCCUGCAGCGUUCCUUGGACCUGGCCUCCACCCCACAGGCCUCAGGGACUGGGCUGAGGCCCUUUGAGGUACAGGGGUGUUGCCCCUGGCUGGACAGUGCUGAGGGGCCAGGAUAAGGUGGCAGGGAGCUCCCACAGCAUCAGCUUCAGUGCCAGGCUUCCCUGAGGAGCCACUUUGCACAGCUGUGGUGGGCCCUACAUGCCCAGGGGGCUUGGAGAGGGAAGUUGGGCACCUGAGGGGAAAAAGCAAAGCCUGAGACCAUACUGCAUCGCUUGUGUCUGAUCCUGAUCCCCCACCCAUAGCUGCUGCAGGGCAGGAGGAAGCUGAGGCACUGGCUCAAGCCCGCAGGCUGGGGGUGCAGAACCUCCUGCUGCAGCCAGGUUUUGUCUUUACACACUUGUGUCUGGGCUAGAGGCUUCAUCCUCGCUGUGGUUCAUGCUGGCCAGUGAUUCCCAGAGUUGGAAACAAUGAUCUGGACGCUCUGCAGAGGUUUGUUCCAGGGCAAAUGUCUGCCACGAACAUUUGAGUUCAGCCAAGAACAGGCUGCACAGUCUGCAUUCUCCAAAAACAUGUUUGCCAGGUGUCUACCCUGCCCUUUACUGCCAUGUCAGUAUUGUGCCAGCCAGCUAAGCUAAAAGAGAAGCAGGAAACUCAGGGUAGAUCCUGCAUGUGACAUUUAUUCCUGUCAGAUACAAGAACAAUAGAUUUUCUCGCUUCAGUUGCCAGAGCAAAACACUGGGGAAAAUUUAUUUCAGACUGACCGUUUCACAGAUUUGAAAUAAAAACUGUCAUUUAGCCAUUAUUUCAUGCUUUUUUUUUUUCUUUUUUUAAACUUUGUUUAGGUUGAUAUGGAAAGAAAAAUGUAAGUUUGCAAUGAAAUACCACAAUAGCUCUUUACAUGUCUCAUUUUGACAUUUUUUAGUGAAUUUCUUCCCUUUUCUCAGCCAAAACCAUUACUUGAAUUCAAAACAAGUUUAUGAAUAGUUUUGGUCACCUCCAAACUGCAGUUUUUGUUUAACAUUUGGCAGAGAGAGAGAGAGAGAGGUAGUUAACAGUAUUAUGAGUUUUUCUCAGUUAUGCUGAAAAGGGUUUGUGUGACUAUAGGCUGAGAGCUGGCUUUCUGCAGCGGAGUGAUUUCCACUUCCAUGCACAGCGAUAGAGUAGAGCCUGAGACUUUCUGUUUUUGCCUCGGCCAACCUUGUACUGACUUCAGUGGGAGUUGUGGUUUCCAGGGGGCUGGACAAAAAGAGAGUAAAAUCCAAGGAGGUGGAAUUAAGACUUGCUCCUCUGCCCAGGAGCUACAAACUUGAAUAAAUAAAUAAAACAGUGGAGAUGAGGGAUCCUUACAGUCCUUGUCACUGCCUUACUAGAAGGACUUAGAGCUUCCUAAAGACUCUGAAGGUCUCUGAGUAGGGAUAUGUAUCAAAUUAUACAUACAGAGCAAACAUGGAAUAUUGACCCAUAAUAGAUGACAAAUCACAAACUGAAAACUAAAUCAGAUAUGAAAUUCAUUUCUUUAUGACCGAAGACAGUUGAUGAAACUUGUUUUUUUCUGUGCGAGAAAAAUUAAGAGAUAAUGUGACAAGUGGCAAUAGCUCUUCAGAGUAAAAAAAAUAGACCAAAUAAAUAAACAGGACCGCUGAGCGCUC